AUGGAAAUAGUGGUCCUUGGCGUUUUUUACAGAUUACUCUCUGGACCCCAGCCGUUCUGGAAACUCCUCACCUCACCCCCGCCCUGCAAAGAAGUGAACACCUUUGGGAAGACUGGCCCCAUCACUCUCCCUCCAGUCACCUUCCUGUGUUGGCGUUGGGGUUUUCACUUAACUUAUAUCUGUGCGUUCUGCCCUGCGUCCCCUGAACCCGCGUCUGUAUAUAGUGUAUGGAGAGAGUACUCGCCCACUGGCUCUCAGCUCGACCUUGAAUCAGUACAGUACCUGUACCUGCACGGUGCCCGCGCGCCGUGUGUCGCCCUAUGUUGA